AUGGAGGUGAACGCAACUGAGAAGAUUUACCUUCCCGUUGGUGGCAUCCUCGAAAUGUUCAACUCCCUCACCGGGCAUCACGAACCAGACAUCACGCAGUCAGUCCUCCAGAGAGCACCUCUCACCCCAGUACCGCAGCACCCAAGAGUCUCAAACAUAUCGAAGACGAGCAUGGGCAUCAUCAAAACGGUUAAAGGGCGCUUAAAACAACAAGAUCAAAAAGUGGCUUCCCCAAGUAGAUCUUCCAGUUCUGGCAAUAGGCAGGUUUCGACCGAUCGACUCCCCAAAAGGUCCGUGGAUCUGCUGGAGUUGGGACUGGCCAAGCGCAGGAACUGUCUCAGGAUAGUUGUGCUUGGCGCACCCAAAGUAGGUAAAACCAACAUCCUCAGGGGGUUCCUGGGUAAAGACUUUGAGGAGCACUACGAACCCACAACCGAGGAUUUCCACAGAAAACUGUUCCACAUAGGAGGGGAGGCAUAUCAGAUCGAUCUUCUGGACGCCGCUAGUGAGAGGGACUUCCCUGCUAAACGGAGGUUAUCCAUACUGACAGGUGACACCUUCCUGCUUGUGUUCAGUUUGGAUGACAGAGAGUCCUUCAAUGAAGUCUGCGUGCGGCUCAACGAGAUAAAGGCCGCCAGGGCAAAGUUACUGAAUUUAAAACAUCCCGCGAGAGUACCAGUCGUGAUAUGCGGAAAUAAAGCCGACCUGACGUCACCGAGGGCCGUCAGACUGUCGGAGGUGACCGAGAUACUCGGCGAGGAUGUCGCGUACUUCGAAACCUCUGCUAAAGACGGCACCGGGAUGGAUGCUGCGUUCAGGGCCCUCGCCACUCUGGGCGGACUGCCGGGCGAGACGAAUCCGUCGCGCCACCAGAUCGUAUCCAUCCUCAGCUACCAGUCGAUGUGCAUCGGCCAGCGAGGCAGGAGAGGGAGUCGGGGGCUCGGCGAGCCCUGCGCCGCCCUGGACCCACUGGCGCGCCGCCCGAGCUUCACCAGCGACCUGCGGCUGGUGCUGAGAUCAAGCACCAAACACAACAAACCCGAGAGGUGUCAGAUUCAAUGA